AUGGCCAUCAACUGGAAGGUCUGCUUGCUCAGCCUCGUAUUGCUUCCUGUGGUUGCAGCAACUCAUUCCAACUGCAUCAUUAAAAAGGAGCAAGAGACUUGUCUGGAGAAGAUCCGGAGGGCGACGGCCCUGAACCCUCUCAAUGACUCCUCUCCAGGUUGCCCAGGAAUGUGGGACAAUAUCACAUGCUGGAAACCUGCAAGUGUGGGGGAAAUUGUCUUUGUCAAGUGUCCUGCACUCUUCAGAUUUAUCAUCUCUGAGGAUGGUUGGGAAGUGGAUAAUUUGGGGCAAACCCAUGCAGGUGAUUAUGACCUGCUGGAAAGCACAGCUCAGUCUCUCCUAGGGGACAUCAGCAGGAAUUGCACUGAAGAUGGCUGGUCUGAACCUUUCCCUCAUUAUUAUGAUGCCUGCGGCUUCGAUGAGAACGAAACAGAGUCUGAUAACCAGGAUUACUACUAUCUCUCGGUGAAGGCGCUGUACACGGUGGGAUACAGCACCUCCCUGGUUUCCCUCACCACUGCCAUGGUCAUCCUGUGUCGCUUCAGAAAGCUUCACUGCACUCGGAAUUUCAUCCACAUGAACCUUUUUGUCUCAUUCAUCCUCCGUGCAAUAUCUGUGUUCAUUAAGGAUGGGGUUCUUUAUGCUGAGCAGGAUGGAAACCACUGUUUUAUCUCCACGGUGGAAUGCAAAGCAGUGAUGGUGUUUUUUCACUACUGUGUCAUGUCCAACUACUUCUGGCUGUUCAUCGAGGGGUUGUACCUCUUCACCUUGUUGGUGGAAACCUUCUUCCCGGAGAGGAGAUAUUUCUACUGGUACACGAUCAUCGGCUGGGGUACCCCAACAAUCUGUGUCACUGUCUGGGCAGUGCUGAGGCUUCACUUCGAUGACACUGGCUGCUGGGACAUGAAUGACAACACUGCCUUGUGGUGGGUGAUCAAGGGCCCCGUGGUUGGGUCAAUAAUGAUAAAUUUUGUGCUUUUUAUUGGCAUAAUUGUGAUACUUGUGCAGAAACUCCAGUCACCUGAUAUCGGGGGCAAUGAAUCCAGCAUUUACUUGAGACUGGCUCGCUCCACCCUGCUGCUGAUCCCUUUGUUUGGAAUUCACUACACGGUGUUUGCCUUUUCUCCUGAGAAUGUCAGUAAGCGGGAGAGGCUGGUGUUUGAAUUGGGACUGGGAUCCUUCCAGGGUUUUGUUGUUGCUGUUCUCUACUGCUUCUUGAAUGGGGAGGUGCAAUCAGAAAUAAAGAGAAAAUGGAGGAGCUGGAAAGUCAACCGGUAUUUUGCUGUGGAUUUCAAACAUCGCCAUCCUUCUCUAGCGAGCAGCGGAGUGAACGGGGGGACACAACUCUCCAUUCUGAGCAAGAGCAGCUCUCAGAUUCGGAUGUCCAGCAUAAAUGCAGAGAACCUGGCGACAUGA